CUCUCUCCCAUUCAAAUCAGCACAUAAAAAUCCUUUCUUUCUCUGUGUUUUUGGUGUCUCCAUGGAAGGUGUUGGAAGAAGUGAGCUGCGAAGAGGCCCAUGGACCAUUGAAGAAGACACUCUCCUCAUUCACUAUAUUGCUUCUCAUGGUGAAGGGCAUUGGAACAAUUUAGCCAAACAUGCAGGCCUCGAGAGAACCGGAAAAAGUUGCAGGUUGAGAUGGCUGAAUUACUUAAAACCUGACAUCAAACGUGGGAAUCUCACUCCUCAAGAACAGCUCCUCAUCUUCCAACUCCAUUCCAAAUGGGGCAACCGAUGGUCAAAGAUUGCACAACAAUUACCGGGAAGAACAGAUAAUGAGAUAAAAAAUUACUGGAGGACGCGGGUACAAAAACAAGCAAAACAGCUCAACAUCCAAUCAAACAGUAAAAAAUUCUUGGAGACAGUUCGUCAUUUGUGGAUUCCGAGGUUGCUUCAAGAAAUGGACCAAAGAUCAUCAUCAACUUCGUUUAACUACAAUUCUCCAUCUUCGGAGAGCUUCUCACAAGCUCUCCAGCAAAACCCAUCUGGUUCAUCCGCCAUUGAAGCCAACCAGAGCUCAAUUCAGAGCUCUGGAGCUUAUUAUCAAUGGCCAGAGUCCUCUGAAAGUGUUUCAGAAGAGUUUGGGAAUAAUUCUGAUCUGCAGCCACUGGAUAAUGGUGAGCUUCAGGUGGACCAGCAACAACACCCAUUCUCUUUGUUGGGUGCUGCUUGUGGAGUUGCAGAGUUUGAUGGCCAAAUGGAUGCAUCUGAUUGGGUGUUGGAGGAUGAUGUGGCAGAGACCUUGUGGAAUUUGGAAAAUUGUUUGUAGAGAUUAAUUGUGGCUUUUCUUAUAGGUGAAUUAUCUUUUUUAUUCAAUACAAAAGUAUCAUAGUAAUUUUAUUA